AUGAAACAGCGAAAGCGCACACGCACAGCGGACUCGUCCGAUAAUGAAUCUCUGGACAGCACGUCCGGAGAGAGAGGCGAUAAGCUUGCAUCGGCACCGCCCAUGAUCAAUGAUAUUGACUGGAGAGGCGUGAUCUGCAAAUUCCUAGACAAGCCAACGAAGACGGAAAACGAUGACUUAUGGGUUGCAUUGCAGGACGUCAGAACCCGCUACCUCGAGAUGAAAGAUUGUGCAACGGAAGGACUCAAAAGUGAUGGGGCCAUGGAGCCGAACUACAUCACCAUACACCGCAUUAACUGCAAUGAGGGUGAAAGUGACGGAGAGCUUUCCCUCGGUGUGCCCUGGCCGGUCAGGAAUGCCGAUGGUUACACACAUUUGCGCGGCCGUGAGAUCAUUAGCAACCUGGAGCUCCACCUAGAACGCAACAAAUGGGUGGCCUUUAUCGUAUACAAAGACUACAGCUGCUGUACGAUACACGAAGACGACUCGCUCAAAUUCCAACCAAACGAGAAAGAAGAAGAUACGGUAUCCUGA